GGGGCUGUGGAUGUGCGUUUCAUCAAGGAACCUUCUAAUCCAAGCUACUUCAACAAUGGCAGUGAUGCCAACCUGGUGUGGGACUACACUGAUACACAAAAUAAGAUUCAGUACAUUAUCUAUAGUGUUCUGGUAGAUGGUACAUUUGUCAGAAUGAUGGUUAAUGACAGUCGUGGUGUCCAAGAACAUCCUAACAUUCCUCCAUCUUACAAAGGAAGAGUUAAAAUUGAAGGAAGAGCUACACUGGUUAUCAAUAACAUCAACCCUGGAGACAAUACCGAAUUUGAAUGUUCAAUACGGGAAGAAGGGAACAUUGCAAGUACAGUUCAGCUUAUUGUGGCAGGUUUGUAUUACAGACAUAGCCAUUAAUAAUCGAACAAAAAUCAAAUGCAUUUAAUUCAUGUCUGUCAUAUUUCUGAGAUCUGGAGAAAGUAAAUAAUAGCAUAAAUUUGUGCAAAACUUUUAUAUGCAGGGCUGAAAGUGGCUAGCUAACCCAACUUUUGGGAACAAUAAUGAUACACUCCUACAAACAAAAGGAGAAAGUAAAUUCUACCUGUACUAUGUUGUUUCUCAUCAGUGAGAAUUCAAAGAGUAAUUGCUUUAUUCUUCUGGCACCAACUACUGGGUUGCUCUGUUAUGCAUAGAGAACUAUUAUUAAUAUGAAUACUGAGAUUUUAUCAUGGCAAAGAUGUCAAUUUAAAAUGGUUAGUCAGAACUAGAAACAAUCUGGCUGGUUCUAUGAUUUUGCUAAAUCAGGGAAGGAGAAUAUUGCAUGACCAGUCACAGGCAGUAUGUGAAAUUAAUUUGGUGUGAAAAAAAUGGCAUUGCUUUUCAAGUCUUUUAAAGGGACUUGUCAAAGGGAAUGGGGCCCUGCUUUACGAUUUAGCUUGUGAGGAAGCUUAAUUGUUCUGAAUAAAGUUUGAGCCUCUUUAUACUAGUUGGUUGUGGGGGACCAAUGGCUGGAUACUUUUGUGUAUUUUAUUGUAAUUGGGUAAAUUUUAAAACUCAAUCCAUGUAAAAUUUGCUAUAUACCAUAUGAGCCUUAUAUGGCAUAUGGCAAAUUUUACUUGUCCUGAGGUGAGAUAUAAUCUCUUUCAACUUUCAGAGGCACCACUUAUAAACCUCUCUUCAGAAGUGAAAUAUUACACUGAAGGAUCCCCUGUCACCAUGGCUUGUAAAGCUUCUGGGAAACCACUGCCAGAUGUAGCAUGGAUUAGAAAUGGAGAACUGGAAAGUUCAGGGAAGAAAGCUGCAUUUUUAAAGUUUGAUAAUAUAAACAGAACAGAUGCAGGACAAUAUACAUGUCAAGCCAAUAACUCAGUGGAAGUCACUUCCACUGACACAACAAUUGUAGUUCACUGUAAGUAUAUUUUAACCUUAAUUUUUAUUUCUGAAUUUACUUUAUUUACAGUAUGAAUCCUGUAUUGGGGUUAGUUACACAAAACUGAUGAAUCUCUACAAAAGUGUAAGGAAACAGAAUUCCACCUCAAAUCCUUUUCAGCUUUGUGUGCAUCAGUCUCAAGUAUUGGUUGAGACAAUUGAAUAUAGGUGGAAUAAUUUUUCACAUUAUUUUGCUUUGGAGGGCGUGACAAUUUUCUCACCAAGUCAUUGCUUCAGUUGGACUGUGUUUAACUCAGAAAAUGGCUUACAGCCAUUUGUGAGUCAUUGUGAAAACCCAAAAUUCACUCCGUUUGACUAGUGCACAAGUCUAGCAUAUAUUCUGAUUCUGUGUUAGGGCUCUGGUUGGGGCUUCAUGGAAAUCCGAGGACUGGUCAAGAUCCUCACUGUCAGCUGAGAAAUUACACUUUUUUUACUGAUAGCUGAGAUCAGGUGGUUGAUGUCAAAAUGGGCUGAAAUUAAAACUACAUGCCCAAGGUUUGCGCACAUAUUUGCAUAUGUGGCGCUCGUAGAGAUAUACUAUUUGAGGACGAGAAUCUAUUUUAAAUUUAAUUACUCGUAAGCCGUGUCACCUUAUACUAAAUAAGCCAAAUAACACAAAAUUGACGGACUGUGCUAUGGAGUGAUCACAACCUUCACUCUUUUUUUUCAUCUGAAGACAGUGAAAGGAAAGGCAAGUGCUGCGCCCGUGCAAUUGAUGUCCAUGGUUCUUUGGUUUGGAAGGUUGUGUAACCUGCAAGCACUAUGCCGUCCCGCUCUGUGAGAUAAUUAAUGAGUGAGUUACCAGUCAACUCUGACGAGUCGUUCGAGUCGAGUCGAUUGGACAAAAUCUGCAACCCCCUUUCGCGGCCACUUUGCGGAAAAGUGUCUUGCAAAUCGUCUUCCGGUAUGACAGGUCGACAUCAACUGUGACGAGUUGUUCGAUUCGAGUCGAAUCGAGUCGAUUCGACAUCAUCUUUAGUGCCCCUUCGUAGUUACUCGCGGAAUAUUUUCUAAGUUGUCUUCCAAUUCGACUUCCGGUGUGACGAGUCGACAUCAACUGAAACGAGUCGUUCGAUUCAAGUCGAAUCGAAUUGAUUCGACAACAGUCUCAACGACCCUUGGCAGUUACUUGCGGAUUAUUUUUUAAGUGUCUUCCAAAUCGACUUCUGGUAAGACAGGUCGACUUUUACUGAAACGAGUCAUUUGAUUCGACAACGUUUUCAACAAUCCUUGACAGUUACUUGCGAAAUAUUUUCUAAGUGUCUUGCAAAUUGACUUCCGGAAUGCGUUUCCAUCUAAUGAGAGACGGUUUAUCAGAUUUCCGGUAUAACGGGACGCAUUAACCGCGAAUCGACUUCCGGUAAAACGGUUCGCAAACUGCCUUUGACGAAUCGUAGCGGUUUGGGUGUAUUGGAAAACCCUCAUUUUGGUCGUACGAUCAAAUUUUUCCGACUUGAUGGGUUACUGUUGCAACUAUUAUUUUUUCAAUAAGUAUGGUCUACGCUGCGUGCUCUCCGCGCUCCGCUAUUGAAUCAGUGCAAGUCCCGUUGAUUAAUUCAAUAAUAAACAAAUACCUCACGUUUUAACUUUUUGUGAAGGAUUAAAAUUAAUUACAAACGGUUUUUAGACCGCAUUUAAAGACGCAAUUUUUCUACCAAAAAUUCAUCUCUAAACCAAUAUUUUGCUGGCAUUUAAAGGGAUUAUAGAGAGAAAGAGAGAGAGAGGAUUAAAAAGUUCUUUAUCGGCUUUAGGUAGUCACCCACGUCUUUGCUUAAAAAUAAUGCCCAGCUAGCCAAACGAAAUUUUUUAAAAAGAAUGGCAACGAAGGUACGGAUGACUCUGCAUCUCACGAUAAGUGUUGCUAUGCCCUUAGGCAGAGAUAGGAAAAUACGGACCGCGCUAAGAAAACCAUCAGAUUGUGGGAUUUGUUGGCGUGCCCUCUAAGAAAAAAAUAAAUACACCUUAUUCUGGUUGCGAAUUAAUUUUUUUCCGAGCCCUGAAGAGGCGAGAGAAAAUAUGAGCAAUCAGCAAAAUUUCCGCUCAUAUUAGAUGUUAAACUCUCGAUUAAUGGAUUUAUUAUUCCACUAUUAUUUUCAGUUAUCAGUGUUUUAAUUUUAGUAUGCGAAUUACAUCCUACGGCCUUAUCUGUGUAUCGUAUCGGUCGUAGAAGGUGUUCUUUCUUGCUUAAAAGUUCGCUACUUAAACAGUCAAAUUAAAAAAUAAUAAUAAUAAACAAAAAAAUUAAAGUUUGAAUCGUUCAGGGCGGCCAAUAUUUUACUACGUAUUUUUAGCUUGUUUUAAAGUGUAAUACAUAUAUGUUAUUUGCCGGCUGGGAGGUCCGUAUGGUAAAAAACUGUGACCGAGGUCUUGAAAAUACUGCCCGAGGCCGUAGGCCGAGGGCAGCAUUUUCAAGACCGAGGUCACAGUUUUUCACCAUACGGACCGACCCUUAGCCGGUAAAUAACAUAUUUAUUGUUUUUAAACUUGACGAAAUUCUUUCCGAAAGAACCCGAAUGACUUAUGGCCGUAAAUACGGCAAGAUCUUCCAUAAACUGAACAAUUUUUGAGUGAGUAAAUGGUAGUUAAAAUAGAGGUGAUGCAAAUUUAAGAGAGAUGCCUCAGCGAAACAUUUUCAUUUCCGUAACUAUAAAGGUGAUUUAAAAGGCUUCCAAACAAACUUUGAAACAUUAUUUUUACAAGUAUCUGUCACAAUAUGACACCUGUCAAUUAGAGAGCGCGCAAGAAAAAAAGAAUCGUAGGAACAUUUGAAAACCAACAGAACUAGUUUGGCAAGGACUGUCACGACAAUGUUUUCUUAAAAAUCAGUUAAUGAUCUAACGGAAAGUAUUAUUUACUCUCAUCGACCAUUCAUUCAUAUACGAAGAUUUACCUCUGUUCAUUAAGUAAAUGGCGAGGAAAGUAAUUGUGAGUAAAUUCAAUUUUUUAUUUUGAAGUUGUGAGAGUUUGCUCGUUUGUUUGCUGUAAUGGCGUGUUUAACUCUGAUCUUUCCUUCACAAAAACUAAAUUCGAACGGCACACUCCAACGAGACACAAGGGAAUUUAAUGCAGCCUUUUCUCAAUUCCUUCAAUUUCUGUUGUGCAAUUUAAGGUACAAAUGUCCAAAUUGAACGGAAUUGGAAAGACUCACCAGGAGCGUAUAUUUGUUGUAGAACUUAAAUUAAAACUUCGCUCGCUUUUUUUUACUAUGAACAAAUUGCUCGAGAAAAUUCAGAUAUUAAAUGAAUGAAAGUUCCAUCGUUCAGUUUAACUGUAACCAAAUACCUCACGUUUCAACUUUCUGGGUACUUUUUGUGAACGAUUAAAAUUAAUUGCAGACGGUUUUUAGGCCGCUCGUCAACCAACGUAGACACUAUUGUUUAUACAAAUUAAUUCUGAAACCAAUAUUUUUCUGUCAACCAAAGUGAUUUGAUAGAGAGAAAAGGGAGGAUUCAUAAGUUAUUUAUCGGCUUGAGGUAGUGACCGACGUGUUUGCUUAAAAAUACUGCCCAGCUGGAAAACGAGGUAUAUUUAUGAAAAAUGACAACGAAAGUUGGGAUGUACUCGGCGACUCACGAAAGCGUUACCGUGGCUCGUGGGCAGAGAUAGGAAAAUACUGACCGGGUAAAGAACCAAUCAGAUUGCAAGAUUCGUUACCGUGCCCUCUAAAGAAACAAUAAUGUGGCAUAUUUUGCCGGUUUCAUUACUUUAUUUGGUAAAAUGACACAGCAUUGGAAUGAGAAAGCUCAUAACUGUUCUGAUUGAUGUGAAGUAUCGCUGAUUAUUUAUUCCAUUGCUUAUUGCCUUGGCAUUUAUUCUUAGACCCACCCACAAUUCAAAAUGUCACCACGUCAUCUAAGAAGUCUUGGAUUGGCCAGACAGUGACUUUGAAGUGUCUUUCUGAUGGUGUUCCUACACCAACAAUCUCUUGGUACAAACCUGAAGGAAGUGAAAUAAACAGAGUCACAGCCAGAGAAAACAAAGUACAAGUGCCACUCAGGGGUGAUCAAGAUUUUGGUCAUUACAAGUGCAUUGCUGCCAAUGGACUUAUUCCAUCUGACGAGAAAUUAAUAAAGAUAAGUCAGAUAAGUAAGUCAAUGAGAUCAGUGUAUUUUCAUUAAAAAGAAAACUAUAUAUGAGAUCAGCAUUUUCUUUUGCCAUUGCUCAUUAUCACUGUUUCAGGUGAAUUAGAAGUAAAAGCCAAAUUUUCUUACAAAGUAUUUGACAGAGUAACUUAUUCACUUUGUACAUCUCAUUGGAUAGUUUAACAUUUAAUACGUGCGGAUAUUUUGCAAGGCCCAUAGUCGUGUGGAAAAAAUAAAAGCUUAUGUUAAACCAUCGAGUAAGGGAUUUGUCAUUCUUUCAUUCACUAAAAAUUUGUCCGCCUAGUUUUCGACAUACAUCUUACGGCCUUAUCUGAGCGUUCCAUUCGCAUUUUUUCCCUCUUAAGCAGCAUUAGACCUUCACAUAUAUAACUUCCAACAGUAGACUAAACACUCCAAACACUCCAGCAUUGUAUUAACGCGUUUUAUUUAAGAAACGCUGUUGUAGUUGCGGUUGUUCAAAGCGGUUAAAACUAAAAUCCAAACAAAGAAAAGAACGUUACAAAGUGAACUGAAACGCAACGGAAAGACGGACUAAAGCAACACUUACAUUUGUUAGGAGCUGGGAAAAAAACUGCACUGGAACCGUAGGGCGAAAAGUGACCGCUUGGAAAUGGCAAGCAAAAAAAAACUGACCCGAAGAGGCUUACACGUCCUUUAGAUACUACAUUUAUAUUCAUUAAUUACAGGUUAACGCACUCAGCGAGUGAACUAUGGGGAUUUACCUGCACGAGUUCACUGACAAUGAACGAGAAAUUUCAAAGCCUCGUGCGGUUUUGAAUACUCCGAGUUCAUUGUUUGUGAACGAGUACAGGUAAAUAAUGAUAAAUCACCAGCCAUGAGUACGUUAACAUUUUUAUUAUUCAAAUUGAAUACACUGCACAAAGGAACACUGCUUUGAAACCACUAUCUACAAGGUAAACUAAGCCAUGGUGCAAUGACAAUGGUGUGUUGAAUUUACACCACGGCUAUUAUACCACGAUAACGAUGUCAAGGAGGUUGUUUCGUCACAACCCAGUAUCACGUGGUACAAAUCAUCUAAUCAGAAAAUCGAAAUUCGAAGAUUGUAUGAAAGUUGAAUAACAAACUGUGAGAAGAAGUGGACUUGCAUUCAUCCUUAGUGUUGUGACAAAACUCAAAAUAAUCUCUUCUUAUGACACUAUGUAGAGAAACCAGGGAAAGCAUCCAUCAACUCAUCAGAAUCAGUCAUUCAAGCAACUUCUAUAAUAAUACAAUGGACUGCACCAGCUGAUGAUGGAGGAAGUCCGAUUACAGGAUUCCAAAUGAUCUUACAAAAGGAUGAAACUGAGAUAAAAAAGGUUAAUAUUACCGAUCCUGGGACGACAAGUUAUUCGUUUCGUGGUUUGGAGAAAGAUACCAACUACACAGUGAAACUGUUUUCCAGAAAUGUUGUAUUCGAGGGAGAUCCUACUGUAUGGAACAUUAAGACCAAGUUUGAAGGUGAGGAAUCAAAAGUGAUAUCGUGACUGAGCACUUUCCACCAGUCAUUUUUUCGCCAACUUAGAUUUGUUGUGAGUAACCAAGUUUUAACAAUGUUAUCUGCUUGCCGCAUUAUAAGAUUUUGGAUUUUCAGCGUUUGUCCCCUCCUUAGUGGCCAGUUUCCUUUCCCUUUGUGAUAAUUGUUUUAGAGGUACGUGCGUUUGAAGAAGCAUAAUAAAAGUAAUGAACCUAGGUGAGAACAAUAGACAACCUACGCGGUUACGUUCCGUAAAUGCUACCUGAUUUAUCAAGUAUUGUUUGCCUUGUCGUUUUUUUUUUUCUAAUUUUUUUUUAUUUUCUAAUGUUCAGGUCUCAAAAUCUGUUAUGUGAACCAACAACAACAGCCGCUAGAGAGUGAUCUUUAGGUUGGAUACAUUUUUCCUAAACUCUUACCGGCCAUAUUCAGAACGCCCAAUAACCAACUAUCCCUUUAGGCCGUGAGACGAUUUCCACACAUCGUUUGACCAAAGAAUUGAAGUUGGAAGAAAUGGGCCUUUCAUGAAAAUCGCUUUUAACAUGCAAAUAUUAUGGGGAAAUCUCGUCAAACAGUGUGUGGACGCCCUCGAAGAGUCCUCCGUAUAUAUUUUCUUUAAGAUGAGAAAUAGCUUGUUUUCAUUUCGCAGGGAUAAGCCCAAACCAAAACAGUUAAGGUUGCCGUUUUCAAGAAAGUUUCUUUCGAAUCUCAUUCGGCACAUAUCUCACUCAACAAAAAAAGUAUUGUGGGAACAGGUGUGAACUUAGUAACUGAAGUUGAGCAGCCGUAACAUGGCAAUGAAGUUCGUCACACCUGUUAUCCCUUAAGCGCUUCUUGUCAUUGCCUCGACUGGCAACCCCCCUGGAAAAAAAGUUUGUUGUCUCGGCGGAAGAACCCGCGCCAGCUUAUGUUUGCAGAAGAAGAAUCGUAGGUCUGGACGCUCAAAUGGCUCGAGAAGCGGAGCAUGCGCACUCAUUUUUGCGCUGUGUCAUUGCAAAGUGCCUGUACUAAGUCAUGCGCGAUGUCAAACUUUGAAAAGCAGAAUAUAGUUGUACACGAACUGAGAGCCUUUCUGUAAUUAGGUGACACAAACGAAUAGCGAAUUGCGACGUCAUCUAUGCAUCGGUCUUUCAUUUGAUCUCGUGUAAAUAGCAAUUAAAUACCAGUAGAAGUCAGUGUAUCGUUCAAAUUCACCUUGUAAAUGCAGUAUUUGUUUUAGGCAAUAACCGACCAUCAUUUUAGGCUUCUCAUUAUCGCUUCAUCUCAAUACUUAACUUAAUUUUGCUUGCCAUACACUAUCGUUUCAAAAAUAUCCCAAAAAAAAUCCUCGACCAAUUUACAGAUUAUUUAAUCAUUGAUAAUGGUGUGACCAGGUUUGUAACAAGAAGUUGUAUAAUUAUUGAAAAUUUCACGCUGUUCGUGUUGUUGACAUCAAUCUAGGAGCCCCAGAUGUGGUAGAAAUAGACGAACUGCCAGAUGAAACAACAGAAGAUACAAUUACCCUAAAGUGGAAGGAGCCAGAAAGUAAUGGAAAAGUUAUUACCAUGUAUACAGUGUACCAAAGAGUAGUGACUGAUGGGAAAGUUGGACAGUGGACAGAAAUAAAGAAAAUCAGAGAUGUUUCUGUGAGAGAAUUGAAAAUAACGUUGGAGAGAGGAAAGGUGUAUCAGUUUGCCAUUACUGCAACUAAUGAGCUUGGUGAAAGCCUAAAACAAGAGAAAGCAAAUAUCCAGCAAGUCAAAGCAAAAGAAGGUAUGUUCAAAUGA